UCUGGAGAAACCCUGUCUUUCAUAACCGGCGCGUAAUUGGGUGAUGCUUCCAAUAAAUAGAGGGGCUGCCGGGCGACGGAUCGCACUUUGGCUUACCUCCGCUACGGAGAAAACGACUGGUCAAGGCGACAACGACGGGCAGCAACGACACCCAGACCUUCUCAGCAACUUCUCUCUCCUCUGACGCAUAUUGCAAAGCAGGUCUCGAUAACUAGCCGUCUCCACCAGCGCUACGAAGAGCACAUCAAAAAUGGCACAGUUCCACAAUAUCUCCGGCUUCCUGCCUUUCAAGGGAUCUGAUUACGACUUUGGAUACCCUUCAGGAGUUUCACUGAUGGACUUGGUUCCAGAUAACGUAAGACCUAUGAUACACGACCACUGGAGCAAAUUCCCUCCGGUCAACCCAAUGUGGCAUUAUCUUCUGGCGGGUAUUUACAUGAUCCUUGGUUUUCUCUCUUUCUUUGGUAAUGGUAUCGUCAUGUACCUCUUCUUGACGAAAAAGAGUCUCCGAUCUCCCGCCAACAUGUUUGUCGUCAACCUUUCUUUCAGCGACUUCAUGAUGAUGGCAAGCCAGUUCCCCAUGUUCGUCAUGAACUGUUUGGGUGGUGGGUACUGGACCCUUGGACCGUUUGCUUGCCAACUCCACGCUUUUACUGGUUCUGUGUUUGGCCUUUGCUCUUUGUUAACACUGGUGGCCAUUGGCUACGAUCGCUACUGUGUCAUCGUAAAGGCUUUUGAUGGUGGCCACAUGACAUCAGGAAAGGCCUUCUUCCUCAUCCUCCUGUGCUGGGCCUAUGCCAUCGCCGUUUCCAUCUGGCCCUUCUUCGGCUGGAAUGCUUACAUUCCAGAGGGAAUCCUCACUUCAUGCAGCUUUGAUUACAUCACUCAGGACUGGAAUAAGAAAUCCUUCGGCCUUUUCCUCUUCAUCUUCUGCUACUGCAUCCCAGUCAGCAUCAUCAUCUUCGUCUAUGUCCAGAUUGUCAACGCAAUUCGUGCUCACGAAAAAGCUCUCCGAGCCCAGGCUAAGAAAAUGAACGUCGAGAACUUGCGUUCAAAUGCCGACGCCAACAAGCAGAGCGCCGAGGUCAGAAUCGCCAAAGUUGCCGUCGCCAAUGUCUUCUUGUGGCUCCUCACCUGGACCCCUUACGCAUAUGUUGUUAUGAAGGGUCUCUACGGAAACCAGGAAGACCUGACUCCCCUAGUGUCAGCCCUGCCAGGCCUGAUCGCCAAGACGGCCUCAGUCUACAACCCUAUAAUGUUCGCUAUUUCGCAUCCCAAGUUCCGUCUGGCCCUCCAGGAGGCAUGGCCUUGGUUCUGCGUCCACGAACCAAAGGACGAUGACUCCAAAUCUUCCAAGACAGAAUCAGAAGCAACCAAAUAGGAAGGAAGUGUUCACUCCACGAUGUCAAAGGAAAGCACAUAUCGAACGGCUAAUCGGAUCGACCAGAUUUGCUAAAAAAUAUUUACAAACGA